GUGCCGGCCGGUCGGAUGUCCGCGGAGGGCGGCGGCUACUCGCCGUGUCCGGCGGAGGCGCUGCCGGAACUGAGCGCCGCCGAGCUGGCGAUGAGCCUGUCGCCGAAGUCGGCCUUGCUGCAGCAGAACCUGUCGCAGCUGCAGCUCCAGCAUUCCACUCCGUUCUCCGUGACCGACAUCCUCUCGCCGAUCGAGGAGUACCGCAAGCUGGAGCUGGCCAACAACCCGCCUUCGCCGUACAGAUCGAACUCCUCGGGUAGCAGCAUCAACUCCCCGCUGGGGCCGUCGUGCGGCAUGGCGGGGAAUCCUUACGCCGUGCCGCUGUACGGCGGAGCCCCGGUGCAGGGCUACGGCUGCGCCCCCGCCGACCUCCCCCACUACGGGGACAUGCGCGGCGCGGGAUGGUACCCCGCCUCGAACGACCCCAGGUUUGCCAUUUCCAGGCUGAUGACCUCCACCUCUGGCGGGAUGGGCCACGUCAACAACAUGGGCGGGCUGGCGGCGUGCGCGGGACCCGAUGCGAAGCCAAUGCAAUUCCCCUUGGCGCAGAGACGGAAAAGGAGGGUGUUAUUUACGCAAGCUCAAGUCUACGAGUUGGAGCGGCGGUUCAAGCAGCAGAAGUACCUGUCUGCCCCGGAGAGGGAGCACCUCGCCUCGCUCAUACACCUCACUCCCACGCAGGUCAAAAUUUGGUUUCAAAAUCAUCGUUACAAGUGUAAAAGACAAGCGAAGGAGAAGGCGAUGGCGGAACAAAAUCAACAUAAUCAGUCAUCAUCAUCACCCCGACGAGUGGCGGUCCCUGUCCUGGUGAAGGACGGCAAGCCGUGCGGCUCUGGGGAGUCUUCCUCACCAGCGCACAGUCAUUGUGCCACCCCCACCUCCGGCUAUGUACAGCAGGGCUCCCAGGCCGCGUGCAGCAAUCCCCUGGUGUCUUCAUACCGACAACCCGCUGCCUACCAGCAGCAGUGCUCCGGCUACCUACCCCUACAGGGCAGGGCGUGGUAGAAAUUCCCCCAGCUUUACCACGAGACAAUGUUUAAAGAGGAGAUGUAUUUUGACUAAUUAGUCUUUUAC